ACUUUUAAACACGGCAGUUUGAGCAUGCGCUGUGGAGCUUUGUUACAAGCUAGCUACUGUAAAAAUGGCGUUAAGCAAAACCUUUGGGCAGAAACCGAUUAAAUUUCAGUUAGAGCAAGAUGGGGACUUUUACAUGGUUGGAUCAGAGGUUGGAAACUACCUGCGUAUGUUCAGGGGCUCCCUGUAUAAAAGGUACCCAUCACUCUCGAGGAGGUUAGCCUCAGUAGAGGAGAGGAAGAAAAUUGUAGCAUCAUCGCACGCCACAAGUGUGACUCUGCUGAAGGCCUCCGAAUGUGAAGAGAUUUUCGAGGGGAAUGAUGAGAAGUACAAAGCUGUUUCCAUCAGCACAGAACCACCGGCCUACCUCAGAGAGCAGAAGGGGAAGAGGAACAGCCAGUGGGUCCCCACACUGCCCAACAGCUCCCACCACCUGGACGCUGUUCCCUGCUCCACCACCAUCAACCGCAACCGCAUGGGCCGCGACAAGAAGAGGACCUUCCCCCUGUGCUUUGAUGACCACGACCCGGCGGUGAUCCACGAGAACGCGUCUCAGGCCGAGGUGCUGGUUCCCAUCCGUCUGGACAUGGAGAUUGAUGGGCAGAAGCUCAGAGAUGCGUUCACCUGGAACAUGAACGAGAAGCUGAUGACCCCGGAGAUGUUUGCAGAGAUCCUGUGUGACGACCUGGACCUGAACCCACUGGCCUUCGUCCCGGCUAUUGCCUCAGCCAUCCGCCAGCAGAUAGAGUCCUACCCCACAGACAGCAUCCUGGACGAACAGACCGACCAGAGGGUCAUCAUCAAGCUGAAUAUCCACGUGGGGAACAUUUCCUUGGUGGACCAGUUUGAGUGGGACAUGUCGGAGAGGGAGAACUCUCCGGAGACGUUUGCCCUCAAGCUGUGCUCCGAGCUGGGCCUGGGAGGAGAGUUUGUCACCACCAUCGCCUAUAGCAUCCGUGGCCAGCUCAGCUGGCACCAGAGGACGUACGCCUUCAGGUCUGAUUUCAGGUCAAUAUGCUUUUGAAUUACUUGAACUACCCCCCCUCUUCCCCAAGCUUAACCCUCUACUACCCACCCACGUUCUCUUGACACGGUCUGCCCUGGGAAGCUGAGUACAUUUACACUUUUUAUCUCUUUCUCUCUCUCGCCUGUUUCCUUAACUUUGCAGGACACGCCCCCCCCCCAAGUAUGGAAACUCUAUGAAUUGUUUAUGAAGAGUAAAACCUAUGAAGUUGUAUGAGGUAUUCUGUUUCUGCCAAGUCAGGGAAAACUGUAGUUAUCGCUGUUGGUUUGUCUACAAACUGCAGUCCGCACAUAGAAUGGAAAGGAUAGUCAUGUACUGUGUGGCUUAUUGUCACUACAUAGGGAGAGGUUCAGAAAUCCAGGAAGUAUCUGACAAAACGGUUCCACGGGUGCCUUCCUAUCUAUUGUCCUAGUUCUUAAUUUGUCAAAUUGAAAUUUAAUGUGUUAUUUUGGAAUCCCUUUUACCAGGUGGAAUAAUGUUUUGUAGGCAUUUUGACUAGAGGUAUGUAAAAUGCUGUAGUGGUCCGAGCAGCUUUUGAUUGAUGGCUGCUUUAUGACUGUUUCAAUGCUUUGGUUAAGUGUGCUUUACUUUUCUACUUUUACAUGGCAUCUUGGGCGUGAAAAAAAUACAUGGUAGAAAUAAGUUCCAAUAAGUGACAUUUUUGUCCCUUUGUAUGUCUAUUCCUCAUCAAAAUGGGACUAACCCACAAAAGCGACAACAUGUUUUUUUUUCUCCCCAAGAUGCCUCUUAUUUGCUCUUCCACUUCUUCAACACACCAUGACUGCAGCAUGUCCCAUCCUGGGCGCUCUCUUCCUCGUUUGUCAUUGAUUUCCUGUCACUCUGAUGUCAUUU